GAUCUGCUUCUGCAAAUGGAGAGGAUUUGGGAAGGCUCCCCGUGCUUUCCCCCGCCUUCCUACCGAGUUCUCCGAGAUUGAGGGCUCGGUCCAUUCAGGAUUGACUUCUUCAGUGAUUAGAGUCUUAAGAAAAAUGGCAAAUAUGGAUAAUAGUUCUAAGCAUCUGCUCAUCCCCGACGUAGAUCAUGAAAUAAAUCCUGGGCCCAUGAAUAUUCAAUUUGAUUCAUCAGAUAUAAGAUCCAAACGGCCUUUCUAUAUAGAGCCCACAAACAUCGUCAAUGUGAAUGAUGUCAUUCAGAGGGUUAGUGACCAUGCUUCUGCCAUGAACAAGAGGAUUCAUUACUACAGCCGGCUCACUGCUCCUACAGACAAGGCACUGAUUGCCCCAGAUCAUGUAGUUCCAGCUCCAGAAGAGUGCUAUGUAUAUAGUCCAUUAGGUUCUGCUUAUAAACUUCAAAGUUACACAGAAGGCUAUGGUAAAAACACCAGUUUAGUAACCAUUUUUAUGAUUUGGAAUACCAUGAUGGGAACAUCUAUACUAAGUAUUCCUUGGGGCAUAAAACAGGCUGGAUUUACCACAGGAUUGUGUGUCAUCUUGCUGAUGGGCCUUUUAACACUUUACUGCUGCUACAGAGUAGUAAAAUCACGUUGUAUGAUAACAACAGUGGAUACGACUACCUGGGAAUAUCCAGAAGUCUGCAGACAUUAUUUUGGCUCCUUUGGGCAAUGGUCAAGUCUCCUUUUCUCCUUAGUGUCCCUCAUUGGAGCAAUGAUAGUUUACUGGGUCCUUAUGUCUAAUUUUCUUUUUAAUACUGGGAAGUUUAUCUUUAAUUUUAUUCAUCACAUUAAUGACACAGAUGCUAUACUAAGUACCAAUGAUAGCAACCCUGUGAUUUGCCCCAGUGCUGGGAGUGGUGGCCAUCCUGACAACAACUCUAUGAUUUUCAUCGCCAAUGACACAGGACUCCAACAGUUUGAAAAGUGGUGGAAUAAGUCCAAAACUGUGCCUUUUUACCUCGUAGGGCUCCUCCUCCCACUUCUCAAUUUCAAAUCACCUUCAUUUUUUUCAAAAUUUAAUAUACUAGGCACAGUGUCUGUUCUCUAUUUGAUUUUCCUUGUUACCUUGAAGGCUAGUCAGUUGGGAUUUCAUUUGGAAUUUCACUGGUUUGAGCCAACAGAAUUUUUUGUACCAGAGAUAAGAUUUCAGUUUCCACAGCUGACUGGAGUGCUUACCCUUGCUUUCUUUAUUCAUAAUUGUAUUAUCACCCUCUUGAAAAACAACAAGAAUCAAGAAAACAAUGUCAGAGACUUGUCUAUUGCUUAUAUGCUGGUGACAUUAACUUAUCUCUAUAUUGGAGUACUGGUUUUUGCUUCAUUUCCUUCACCACCAUUAUCCAAAGACUGCAUAGAACAGAAUUUUUUAGACAACUUCCCUAGCAGUGACAUCCUGUCCUUCAUUGCAAGGAUAUUCCUGCUGUUCCAGAUGAUGACUGUAUACCCACUCUUAGGCUACUUGGCUCGUGUCCAGCUAUUGGGUCAUAUCUUCGGUGACAUUUAUCCUAGCAUUUUCCACGUGCUGAUUCUUAAUCUAUGUAUUGUGGGAGCUGGUGUGAUCAUGGCCUGUUUCUACCCUAACAUAGGAGGAAUUAUAAGAUAUUCGGGAGCAGCAUGUGGCCUGGCCUUUGUAUUCAUAUAUCCAUCUCUCAUCUAUAUAAUUUCUCUCCACCGAGAAGAGCGUCUGACAUGGCCUAAAUUAAUCUUUCAUGUUUUCAUCAUCAUUUUGGGCCUCGCUAACCUGAUUGUUCAGUUUUUCAUGUGAUAAUCUCACUAUCUUUUAAAAAUCUUUCAAGAUGUUUUCAACUUUGACAAAGUUCCCCAUAAAUGCACUUGUAAAUGCUGUUGUUUCUGUAAUUCCAAAUGUUUUCUUAAGAUAAUUUUAAAGGAGGGAAAUAAUGGUCUAUUAAUAGGAAAUUUCUCGAGUAGAAAGGGGCAAUAAGAAUGAUCUUUGUCUCUGCCUUUUCAUGCUCACCCAGUUCUUCACCUUUAUUGUCUUUUCUAAGAAGAAAUGUAUGAACUUAGGAAAACUCAUGCCAAGUUUUGCUUUGAGAGUUAUAUGGUGAGUAGGUUUAUUUUGGCUACAGUAAAGAUUCUCAGGGUGUCACAGCAAUAGUUGCCAGAUACUCUUUCUGUUUUUUAUUUAAGUGUAUUAAUUUUAUUACUUGCUAGGUCAUUUCUGUUGUUUGCCCAAACCUUUACUGUUUGGGACAAUAAACCAGAUACCUCAUUUUUUAAAAGAAGUCUUCAUGACUUCAACAUUAAGAGUGAGUCAUUAACUAUGUCCUUAAUCUCUAUUUUAAAAUGAACAGUGUCAGUGCAGGCCCCACAGACAUGAAAAUCACACAAAAUAAAUGAACUUGCAGAGUUUGUUGCUGUUUGACUCCUCUUUUGUUUCUAAUCCAAUAAAGUGACUUGGGUUGAAAUUACAAUUCCCCAGCCAAAUUUUGCAGAACAACAAGAGUGAUUCUCCCCACAGAGCUAAAAGAGCUCCUUUGCCUUGUAUAUCCCUGAGCAACUUCCUAAGAUGUCAUGACUGGUCUACCUAGGGAGAAUUUAGGAAGCGUGGUAGAGAGAGAGGGAAACAUGAGGCCCUCCAGGGCAGAAAAGAGAUAGAGGAGGGGCCAAGAAGAGUGAAGCCUCCUAAGCAUAUUUUCUGGGGGUGAAAAGUUGUCUCUUAACCAUAGGAGAAGAUUGUGUUUGAUGCAUAACCUCCAGAGGGAGAACUCCCAUUCUCCCCUUUUUUCUGUAUCUGGCUGGCUGGAGGGUUAAAUCCAUCGCCUUGGAUCUUAGAAAAGGAUUAGGGAAUCUGAAUUCUUGAAAUACACAUUCUCUUUUUUCCUUCAAACUAAAAAUCUGAAGUAGCUGCCAAAUCCAUGUCUUCCAUGUAUUAUAGCCUCUGUGUUGAGCUGAAAAGUUGUACUUCUCAAUUUUAAGCUAAUGUGAAAAAGUUUAUUAUGUUAAUACACAUCCCACAUCCCAGGAUGGAGUGUACAUUUGCCAAAUUUCCUUCCUUUGAGGUUGUAACCUAGUACAGAGGUCCAAAUUCUAAAACAGCCAUAAUUUCCGUCAGCAAAGUUCCAAAACCAUAGACUGAUACCUACAAUGAUGAACUGUCUGAUUGUAAAAAUUCUAAAACAUACAUAAAAGUAGAGUAAAUACAAUAAAGUCCACAUAAACCUACCCUCUAGAUUAAGUAACUGUAAAAUUAUAGAUUUAGUCAUUAUAAAACUACUGCCUUUGCUUUACCUGUCCUUUUUUUUUUCCUUUCCUGAUAUAUUUUAAGGCCAGUUUCAGACAUGUCAUUUCAUCUCUCCAAACCUCUGAAUAGGCACUAGUAGCCUUUUGAAUUUUAUUAUUGAAGACAGUCUCAAAAGUGUUUAGCAGAAGCUUCUGGUCAAAAUUAGGAUAAUUAGAAAAGUCUCCAUUUGGUUUGGUCUGUCUGUUAGCCUCUUUUAAAAACAGAAGUGUAAUAUAUGGAGAAAGUGUCUCUGAGCUUGGGAACCCGGAAUCUUUGUGACUUUAGAAUCUUGUUGCUGGAAACAGAAAUCAAAGGCUAGAGAGCAAGCACCUUGGGUGACCUUUUAGGUUAAUUCCCUACUUAUCCCUAGUUGUGUCCUUUGUAUUUAAGAACUUAAGAGUUCCCAUUGCCUUUUCCAGUAAUAUGUGUGAGUGUUUUGACACAUGGGAAAAAAAUAUGAUUUGAUAAGUUUUUGUCCAUUAAAUGAUUGAACCAAUAUCCAAAUGCAUGCUUUAUUUACUAAACUGUAAAGUAAUAUGCGUAUUUGCUUUUUCUUUAAAAUAAUUGAUAAUUUAGAACAUCAAAUCCUGUGUUAGACUUAUGCUUAAUGAAUUUGCUUCCUUCCAGAAAACCAAUUCUGAACUGAAAUAACUAGUCUGUUAUUUCAUUUGGCUAGAAAAUUCAUGUGUGAACAAAUAAUGCCCUAGUUCACACAUAAUAAUGAGAUAUGGACUUAUUUAGGUCAUGUUGCAAUUUAUGUUAGACUUUCUCUACUAUCAUCUCUUUGAAUUUUCUAAUUAAUUUUUUUUUCCUUUUUUGCUCUGGUGUGGCUAGUUUAUCUGAAUUUAACUUAUUUAACACAAAUAUAGGAUGUUAUAAAAAUUAAAAAUUGGGCCCUCCCUCGUGGUGCAGCGGGUUAAAGUGCAGCACUAAGAAGCCAAAGC